GCUUCCUAUGAGCUUGUUGCUGCAGAGGCGCCGGUAGAGCGCAGCUGCGGAUCAUGCAAGGCCUGCCCGGGCUCCGGCUCCUGACGCGCCUUCCGCGGUGCGCGAAGCCGCAGGCAGCACCAGCAGAAGCCGCGGCCAGGCGGGCUUUCUGUUCAGCGGCGGCGAACGAGAAGGGCGGUGGCCAAGGGCAGCAAGAGCGCCCGCCCUUGGACCCUGGCCUGCUGGAGAUCCUUGUGUGUCCCUUGUCCAAGAAGUCGCUCAGGUAUGAAGAAUCCACCAAUGAAUUAAUUAAUGAAGAGCUGGGCAUUGCCUACCCCAUCACUGACGGCAUUCCUAAUAUGAUACCCCAGGCUGCAAGGAUGGUUUGCAAAGAGAAGCAGGAAAAGGAUUCGGAGCAGACCUAG